AAUAGCAACUCUAAAGGCAAACCUUUUGUGCUUUCUGUUUACGAUUAUUAAAUAUUCUUUUUCUUGUUAAAUUUAUUAAAUCAUUUCGUAGAACAUUAGAACCACAUUCCGUAACCAUGACCGAUGAUGUCAAACGAUAUUUCAACAGUCUCAUGCAAAAGAUAGUAGGUCUGCAAUCGGUUUUGGUUACCGACCGUGAUGGCAUUCCAUUGAUACGUGUCGCCAACGAACAUGCACCGGAACUGGCAAUGAAGCCCUCGUUCCUCUCCACAUUCACCAUGGCAACCGACCAAUCGAGCAAACUAGGUCUGGGCAGAAAUCAGACAAUCAUCUGCAUGUACUCCAACUAUCAGGUGGUUCAAAUGAACAAAUUGCCGUUGAUCGUCACGUUCAUUGGAAGUGAAACUUGCAAUACAGGCCACAUCCUGGCUUUAGAGUCUCAAAUCGAUAAUUAUUUAGACGAUGUAAAACAAGCUGUAAUCGAGGCGUAGCCAUAUGGCCCGUAAUAUAAUUUCAUUAAUUUUUUAA